AUGCACGGCUUACCGCCAUAUAAAUCUGUGCUCCCUGUCGCCUCUCCCCUCGAUCUCCUCUGUCCACCUCGACAUGCUCCGACGACUGCACGGAAGCCAGGCGCGACCAAAUCCCGCCCUGGCCUGGCCGAUGAUGUGUUAUCCAACGCGAUCACUACCCUCGAAGCGUUCAAGGACGCCGCCGCGAUCAGCGCCGUCCCGUUCCUGGGCGGUAUCGCCGCCGCCGCUCUUGGGAUUGCCCGAGCGAUAGAGAAAGCCAAAGCAACAGAGAGGCAUUCGUGGAUCUUGCCAAACGCGCGGCAGCCCUCGGGGAGCAUCUCCAAUCGAAGGUCGUGGGUUCUAAAGAUCGCGAUAGCGUUGCAAUCCAUACUUGACGAAGUCACGCACGAGCUCGGAAGGGGGUCCGUUUCCCGGUUCUUCCGCCGAGCUUCCGUGUCGUCCACAGCGCAAGAGUGUGUUCAGAAACUACAGGAUGCGUGGCACAACUUCGACAGCGCGAUCCUCAUCCGUCUCGAGCGUCAAGUUGAAGAGCAAGCUACGAUCCACCCAGACGCGAUGGCAUCUUCCAUACGUCCUGAAGACGGACAUCCAACGCGUUGGGGAUCUUCGUCGUAUGCCGCUAGCUCUCACGGCGGUGAACAGUACGAGGGGCUGUGGAGAAAUCGGCCGGUAACAGUACGACAGUUCAAACCCGAAGAUAAGGAGGACGCCCUGGACAGCAUUCUGCUCUACUCAGAGAACCAGCUGGAGUAUCAAGGGAAUCUGACGAACGUGCUCGCGAUGGCAUUUCCUCGGGCUGGAGCGCAGUUCUACGUCAUUGAUGGCGCUCCCCGCAGGUCAAUACUGGACAGUUUCAAUGAUAAUGAUCCGAAGAUGUGGCUCACGAAUUGGUUGCAACAUUCGCUCAUCGUAGUCGAUGGAUAUCGCUGUGAGAACACGUAUUCGAUUUCCGCGAGCCAUCGAAAGGUCGGCAUCACCACAAGGGAGACUGUCUACCGUCAGCAGGACUCGACCACCGAGGUCGCCUCGUGGUCGACGCCUCGGACCUUCGGCACGCAGAUAUCAGCUGCGUGCUCCAAUGUGCUCAACGUCUAUAUGCCAAUGUGGGCACACAAGCUGGCUUUGAGCAGGACGUUGCCCCAAUGGAGUCACGCUCGGAAGCCAACGUCCGAUGUGUUGGGCUUCAAUAGCUCCGACGACGGACCGGCUUCCGUGAGCGAAGUUGCAGAACAAUUCAUGGUAUCCGAAUUGGGCGACUUACAAUGCUCCAUCAUAGUCCACUGCAAACAGGGCGCAAAGUUGGGGGACUACGGGUAUAUUCGCCACAGCACUGAUGGGGAUCAUUUCAUACGCCUGGGGAACCUCAAUGGUUUCCUCAAAACCAAGGUCGCCACGACGGACAUGAUGAGCGUCAUGUACCGGGGUCGCAGCUAUUCUCAACCACAAUCUUACUGGUGGCCUGAGUUGAAUGCCACGAGCCACGACUUUACCGAGAGCUUGCAGGAUGAAGGAUCCCGCAUCGGGGUUCUUAUCACGCGAGCGAUUCAGGCGAUUUACAGGUAUAUGUUCUUUUGGGAAUUGGCGCCACGCAUAGCCAAGAUAAACGGUGUUGAGUUGGGGGAUAUCGUGCUCGCCUGCAGCUGCGACUACAACGCUGAGAUGUGCGAACAUCUCCACCACGAGACCCCCACGCGUCGUUUGAAGAGCGAUCCCAACACCAGGGUACCGACAGGCCUAUGGUUCCAUCAGCUUCCGGUAGACCGGUACGACGAGCCGAGGGCUCCGUGGGGCUAUUGGUCCACGUUCCCCUUCGCCAGACCGUUGGGCGAGCAGCCCCCAAAGAUCCCGAGGGAACUGGAUGACUGCCUUCUUGCGUGGCCGGCCGACGUCGCCUUCGGCGCACUCGGCCCAUUCGCCGCGCAACUCGUCCAGAAGGUCAACCAGCUUCGUGGGAAGGUGCCCAGCGAGAACGAUGCCCUCUCCCAGAGACUCUCUGAACAACAAGACGCCCCUGCCAGAGCCAGACGAGUCUGA